UACGACGGCAUUGGACAGCAGUCAGUGCUGAAACGAUGUUCGUGCCGACGGCUUCGUAGUGAAUUACGCUUUGGAAUCAUUUUUUAGGAAAUCGCUUUCACGUAUUUUUUUGUAUUUAAUGUUUUGGAACGGGCUCCUGUAUCAUCAUCACCGCAGCUUCAAACAGAACAUUUUCAAACAUUGGCAAUAUUUUAUUUUUCGUCUAUGUAGUACGAUUUUAAAGAAACCCUAAACCCUCCAAACAGAUCCUGGAUGUUUCUCGAGAAGUAGUGAAAUUCAAUGCCGGCGGGUUUUUCCCUCUCUCUUUUCCGAUCGCACUGUAUAUAUAUGCCCUAAAUGCCUAGAAUAAAGAGGACGUCCAACACUUCGAAUGUGAUGCAUUUGUCAAAGAGUAAGAUUAUUCGAUUAACAUGGGCAAUAAGCAAACGAUAUUUACUGAUGAACAGCUAGACGCCUAUCAGGACUGCACUUUUUUCACACGCAAAGAAAUCCUUCGGUUACAUGGACGAUAUCACGAACUAGCUCCACAUUUAGUACCGAUGGACUACACUGAAGAGCCGGACGUCAAAUUGCCCUUAGCCCUUAUAGUCAACAUGCCGGAGCUGAAGGAAAACCCCUUCAGAAACCGGAUCGUGGAGGCCUUCUCUGAGGACGGCCUGGGGAACCUCAGCUUUAAUGACUUUGUGGACAUGUUUUCUGUGCUCAGUGAAAUGGCACCCAGAGAACUGAAAGCCAUCUAUGCUUUCAAAAUAUAUGAUUUCAACACAGACAACUACCUCUGCAAAGAGGAUCUGGAGAAGACCUUGAACAAGUUGACAAGGGAGGAACUGACAGCUGAAGAGGUGAACCUGGUGUGCGAAAAGGCCAUCGAGGAGGCAGACCUGGACGGCGACAACAAGCUCUCCUUUGCCGAUUUUGAGAACAUGAUUUCACGAGCACCUGACUUCCUAAGCACCUUCCACAUACGAAUCUGACCGUGUUCAAGGACAUGUGCACAUGAUGACCAUUCACGUGAACAGGUUAUCUUCUACUUCACUGGGACCACGGGCUGACCACGCUCUUCCUGACCAGCGACCGCGUGAAGCACUAUUUCCAAAACCAGGAAUAAUUGUCUGGGCUUUUAUCAAAAUUUCUUAGAGGAAAGCACAGGCCUUUGUGCCAUUUUCAUCUGUAAUCCAGAGGACUAAGCAAACGAGCGCAUGGUUUCCCCCCUCCCCCUCCCCAUACAAUAUCACAGCUCCUCAGGCUGCUGACCGGUUAGCAGGAAUGCGCCUUUGUUUUCAAAGGAAAAAAAAGGAAAAAGGUACAAAAGAACUGCGUUUAAUUGGAUACCUCCUGUUGGCACAGUGUUGUGUCUCCGGAUUUUUUCAGCGGCUUCUGACCUACAGCCUCAGGGCUUUUUCUUAUGACAGACCUUUUUAACAUGUCUCCGAUGCACACCUGAAAUAUGUGACAGAUGUGCUCACGUGUCAAGGAAUUGAGGAAGAGAAUUUAGGGCAAAAAAGCACAGCUUUUUUUGCUACCAAGGAGGUGAAGGCAGAUUUAUUUUCUAUCAGCUAUGCAAUCUUUCUCUAUUACAGUGCAUGAACGCAAACUGUUAAUGGCAAAUUUGCUUCGUGUGUUGUUUUAAUUCCACUACUGGAGCAUGACGACAAUCAUAUCUUCCUAAAUUUUCUCCAGUUUAAAGAAGGGCUUUUUUAUUUUUUGACCUUCCUCAAUCUCUGUCCUAUCCAAUGUCUGCCCGAAGUUUGAUCAGGCUUUAAUACCUGUUUUCCUGUUUUUGACUUUGGAUGUUAGUGUCAAUUACCCCAGAUUUUUUGUCAGCUGUUUGACAUGAUAAAAAACAUUUGGGCUACAAUUUCAAUAAAUGUUAUUUUCUGUU